AUGGAGGAUACGGAAAGUGUGAACCCCUUCAAAAGGAAAUACCCCAAACAAGUUUUCACUGCCGAGCAGCUUGAAAAAAGAAGACAAAAUGCGAAACUCAGAAGAGAGACUAAUGAGAAGAAGUAUAAAUGUCCGAGUUGCGAUAUGCAUUUCUUGUUUCCCAAUGUUCUUAACAGACAUCUCAAAACACACGAGAAACAAAGAUUCAAAUGUGAGUUCUGUGAAGAGCUGUUCGAUUGUCAUAAAUUGUUGAGAGCACACAAUAAAGAAAAGCAUCCAAAGCUUCAUCAAUGCUCGAAGUGUGAUUAUAGUAGUUCAGUUUUGUCAACUGUAAGAAAGCACUUCACAGCUCAGCAUGUGAAUGGAGUGCCAUGCACAGUGGUAGGCUGUUCGGCAAUUGUAGCCAAAAAUUCUUUGAAAGCUCACUUGAAAAAAGUCCAUUCUGAUAUAAGCAAUGAAACUGAGUUACUGAGAAAGAAGAUUUCAGUUGAAGUUCCAUGUGCUCACUGUGAUUUCAAGUGUGCAGCUCAGGACGAGAUGGAUCUUCAUGUGGAAAAAAGCCACAUAGGAUUUGAUUGUCCCAUUGAAGGUUGCUCUCGAAAGUUGUAUACUUCAAAUUUGGAAGAACAUUUGAAACAUGCACAUCCUGAACAUAAUUUUGAGGAUGAGUCUAGGACAAAUGUCACUGGCUCUAGUGUUUCGAACUGUUCGUCAGUUUUGAAUGGACAUGAUGUUUCUGAAUCGAUCUGUUCGGAGAAUGAAGAUUCCGAUUCGGAUCUAGAUGCUAUUUUUAAGAAAACUAUAGAUAUUCUGGCUGGGACAGGUGAAGGCGAGUCUACGUUCAUCCGUAGUGCUCUAGGUGAAUACAUAUGUUGUGCUUGUGGGAAAAAGUUCUCAAGGAGGAGAUAUUUGACGAAGCAUCUGAACCGAAUUCAUUACGACGGAAAAGAGAAGAGGACUGUUAAGAUGUAUGAAUGCAAAUAUCCAGGUUGUUCGAAAAUGUUCAGAGCUCCUUGUCUAGCUGAAGACCAUAUGAAUAUCCAUCUUGAUCUCACACCAUUCCAAUGUGAAUCUUGUAAUAUGUCAUUCAAAGGACGUGCACGUUUCGCUGUUCAUCUGAAAAAGUAUCACCAAAGCAGCAUUAGGGAUUACACCGCUAUCAAAAACAAUUUGCCCCAAAUGAAACUCAGUUCACUUCAUGGAGAGCCGGUGUCUUGUUAA